ACUGAAAUUCCAGCCAUUCCACAUUAACUGCCAUCAACGUGAGCACUAAGCACAUCCCGGAAUUAGUUAGUAUCUACAUAAUAACAAUGUCGGAUUCGAAAGUGGAGUACUACUGGGGCGAUUUGGGUGUGCAGCAGCUGGACGGCUUUGCAUCCGAAAUAUCCGAGAUGUCGAGCAAGGGGGACAUCUUCCAUACCGCCAGCGAGGAAUUCCCAGGUCUCCAACAGCAUCGGGAGAAGGUAGAGCAGAUCCAACGACGUGGCAGCCAGAUUCUGAGCCAGGCCCAAAAGAACUCGAAGGUUUUGGUGGAGAAUAUGUUCAAGAACCUCAAAAUAGGAUGUGAGAAGCCCAUGUUUCCUCCGCAAAUUACGGCUCCCAAGGCCUACUGCUUCAAGGACAUCUACUCCAGUCGCAAGGAUCGGCUUAUCCGCGAGUGCCAGGAGCAGGAGCGCAAGCUGCGUGAGUUCCACAGUCGACCUAUGCCAGAUUUUCGUCAUGCUCACGAACGGCAGGCCAGCAAGGUCGUAGUGCAUCGUAUCACCUGUCCCUUGACGCCCAAUGUGCUAAAGAAUUCGCGCGAAAUGGAGGAAAAGCGUCGUUUAAAGGUGAAACAGCUGCAAAAGGAGCGGGAAGAGGAGUCGAAACUCUACAGAAAGCAGUUCCUAAGGGCCAAACCCAUUCCUCAGAGCAGCCGACAGCCCUUGAAGCCCUCAAAUCGUCCUUCCGGAGUUUCGCAGGUGAAAGUGAAAGUCGAACCCUUCAACCUGUCCGCCGAGUCGCGUGUCCAGCAGCGUCGCCUCUUCAAUGUGCAGAAUACCAAGGCGCAGGAGUCGAAGCGUCGGGAAAUGGAGGAGCAGCGCCAACGGGCGGAACGAGAAGCUUACCAAAAGCAACGCCAACUAACCAUGUUCCGGGCUCGACCCAAUCCAUUCAGCGCCCGUUGACCCGGGGGAUUCCCCGUUCUGUUUUAUUCCGUUUUUGGAUUUCAUUACCUACGGAUUUUUUGUUGCAAAUUUGUUUUGUUGUUCGAAGAAAUUAAAUUACUAUAAUCACCAGCAGGCAACCGCAGACACAAACUAACA